AUGUAUAGUUUUAAAAGAAAUAUUUAUAUUUUAGGUUUAUUGGUAGUUUUAUUUACUAUUGGUUUAUUGGAGGUUGUUGAAGGAGAAAAAGCUGUUUUCUUUGAUUAUGAUGAAAGAGUAUAUAACGGUCUUCAACAUCCAGGAGAUACAACACCAUGUGUCUAUAAAUACAGAAAUAAAAUUGGAAGAGAUGCUCUCAUGAAAAAGGGUAGUAAAUACCCAAUGCAAUUUGCAAUUUUCGGAGCAGGUGAAAAAGAAAUUCUAAAAGAGAUCGAAUCUUUCUAUGAAAAAGAUCAUAUAAUGAAGAUGUAUGAAGAUAUUCAUUUAAAUGGUGGUGAGAGCUAUAAUGUUGUUAGUAGAAAAAGUACAGAUGCUGGCUAUGGUCAGACAGAGAUUUUGGCAAUUCGAACUAAAGUAAAAAUGCAUACUGGUGGUACCUAUUGUAAGAGAAUCUAA